GAUGCUUGUCCGCGCGUCCAGCGCGAAAGCAGGACGCGCCUGCGUUCCCCUCCGGAGGCUCGAGCACUAGCUCCUCGCCUCCUCAACACUGCCCCCGUUGUUUGCGCGAUCCACUUAUUCCUCGCUUCCACUGCAUGCCUCCGCCAUUGCCACCUUCUACAUGUUCCGGCUCCUGGCCUCCCGUUCUCCCGCUUGUUUCUCUCUCUUCUUUUCUCUCCCCUGUCUCCGGCAGGCACGCGCUAGCUUAGCUCUGCUACACCCGCGCGCUUGCCCGUCCGCACCCCACGAACGGAUCGGUGGCAUUGAUGCGCGGCGCGACAACGCGGCGGCCGUGCCAUGAGGAAGCUGUGCCCGAACCUGGACCGCGACGACUCCCUGGACACCGUGCUGGAGGUGCCCAUCCCCGAUGACAUGCUCAUCAACGCCCCCGGCGCCGACAAGCGCCGCGGCGCGGGGGGCGCCAACAUGCGCGCGUGGCUCAAGAACCAGGCCUUCGACCGCGCCACCGUCGACGGGCACGCCUCCGCCACCGCCGAGCUCCAGCUCUUCCUCAACGUCGUCGGGUCCCCGCUCAUCCCCUGCCCAGUCCCGCACGACCGCGCCUUCAGCCGCUCCAUCCGCGACUCCUCCAUCCAAGCGUCGACGGCCAAGUACAUCAUCCAGCAGUACAUCGCGGCAAUGGGUGGGCAGGCGGCGCUGCAGGGGGUGCGGAGCAUGUACGCCGUGGGGAAGGUCCGGAUGUGCGCGUCCGAGUUCCACCUCGGCGACCAGAACGUCACCGCCGCGCAGGGCCGCGCCGAGGUCGGCGGCUUCGUGCUCUGGCAGAAGACCCCCGAGGUCUGGUUCUUCGAGCUCAUCAUGGCCGGCCACAAGAUGAGCGCCGGCAGCGACGGCAAGGUCGCCUGGCGCCAGUCCGCCGCCGAGCAGUCCCACGUCUCCCGCGGCCCGCCGCGUCCCCUCCGCCGCUCCCUCCAGGGCCUGGACCCGCGCUCGAUCGCGAACCUCUUCUCGGACGCGGUGUGCAUCGGCGAGAAGAUCCUCAACGGCGAGGAGUGCUUCAUCCUGAAGCUGGAGGCCGGCGCGAUGACGCUGCGGGCGCGGAGCGCGCCGGCGUUCGACAUCAUCCACCACACGGUGUGGGGCUACUUCAGCCAGCGCACGGGGCUGCUCAUCCAGCUCGAGGACUCCCACCUGCUCCGCAUGAAGUCCGGCAAGGGCGCCCGCCGCAGCGAGAACAUCUUCUGGGAGACCAGCAUGGAGUCCGUCAUCUCCGACUACCGCUACAUCGACGGCAUCAACAUCGCGCACGGCGGCCACACCGCCGUCACCCUCUUCCGCUACGGCGAGGGAUCCGUCAACCACAAGCGCAAGCUGGAGGAGACGUGGACGGUGGAGGAGGCCGACUUCAACGUGCACGGCCUCACCACGGACUACUUCUUGCCGCCGGCAGACCUCAACAAGGACGUCGACGACCAGAAUAAGUGAUCGGCUACGGCUAGUGUUUCGAUUGACCGUUAUCAAAUCGUUCGCCCACGCAAAUUUUUUGAUAGGGGUGGCAGUAGUUCUAUGUUCUUCCAUUUCUCUCCUUUUUUUCUGAUUAAUUAAUAUUGCAGGGAAUUAUGAGCACGCAUGUGCAUGUGUUCUUCCAGAAAUAGAAAUACCUAACGAUUAUCUUUUAGGAGAAAACAUGGCCAAAUCAUGUACAAAGUGUAGAAGAUAUAGGGGGUGGGAGCUUGAUUAAAUUCUUUGAUUUUGGUUGGUAAUUUCUAUCAAACAUUUGAUAGUGUACCAAGUUUGUUUCAUACUUCACUGAACU